AUGUCCAAAGAAGAGUGGUUAAGAAUCGAAAAUAAAUUCGAAGACACGUGGAAUUUCACACAUUGUAUAGGGGCAAUCGAUGGGAAACAUAUUGCCAUGGAAAACCCUCCCAAUUCAGGAUCGCUCUAUUACAAUUACAAGGGGUUCUACAGCAUCAUACUGUUAGCAGUCUGUGAUGCUAAGUACAACUUCAUUCUCGUAGAUGUAGGACAAUAUGAAAGUAACAACGACUGUGGUGUCUUAUCAAAGAGUCAAAUUGGAAUGCAACUGGAAAAUCAAUCCCUUCAAAUCCCACCACCUACGUCACUAGCUGGAUGUAAAUUUGACCCAUUACCUUAUUUUCUAGUUGGAGAUGAAGCUUUCCCCUUAAAGAAAAAUAUGAUGCACUCAUAUCCUGGCAAGCUGAACGAGCCUGAGAGAGUAUAUAACUAUCGCCUCUCUCGUGCCUGGCGUGUUAUUGAAAACGCGUUCGGCUUAUUGCGGGCUAGAUGGAGAAUAUUUAGCCGCCCAAUAAAAGCAUGGGUAAAAAAUGUUGAAAAUUUUACGCUCGGAGCAAUUGCUUUACACAAUUACUUACGCCAAACUGAAGCCGCAAUGUAUUGUCCAAAUGGUUUUGUCGAUAGCACAGACACGAAUGGGGAGAUUACGCCUGGGGAAUGGAGAAGACAGAAAGAAGUGCUACAGAAAUGCGGGAAGCAUUCAUAA